AAAUGUAACUGUGUAAGUGGAACAGCACAUUCGAGAGAGGCACACAGUUGAUCGUGAACGCUACUACGUCAUAAUGCAAAAAUUUUCAGGAGUACUGGUGCUGCUGGCUGGGGCAAUUCUCGUGACGGGGAAAUCUGUCCUCGAGAGAAGCAAUGUCGACAGCAUAUCUGCCCUGAAAACUGUCUCAAACGGAAAUUCAAAGUUCUCCUUUGAUCUCUUGAAGGCCAUAGGCGGCGACCAGAAGGACAACCUGGUGGCCUCGCCGCUCAGCCUGCACGCGGCGCUGGGGUUCCUGUCCCAGGGCUCCAAGGGCUCCACCAAGCAGCAGAUCCUGAAGGCCGCCUACCUGCCCGGCGACGACGAGGUCACCCGCGCAGGCUUCAGGACUCUGCUGACCCCUAUGCGCAGCAAUGCGAACUACACUCUGAAUCUGGGGGACGCUGCUUUCGUGGAGAAGACAUUCUCCUUGGAGAAGUCCUUCCAGGAGGUGGCUCGCUCCAGCUUCAGGGCGGACACGGAGUCCUUGGACUUCGCUUCCGACACCACCGGAGCCAUCGCCGCCAUCAACCAGUGGGUGGAGGAGAACACCGCCGGCAAGAUCAGGAACCUCGUUUCUUCAAGCGACGUGUCCUCGGGCACCAAGGUGGUGCUGGCCAACACGCUGUACUUCAAGGGCACCUGGGAGAAGGGCUUCAACAGCUCGCUGACCAAGAAGCAGGCGUUCCGCGUGGACAGCGAGACCUCGGUCCAGACGGACAUGAUGACCACCACGGACGGUUUCAGCUUCGCCGUCAACAAGGACCUGGGUGCCAAGGUGCUGGCGCUCGACUACAAGGGGAAGGAGGCCAGGAUGCUGAUUGUUCUCCCGAACAAAGUGGACGGCUUGGCGGAGCUGGAGUCAAGCAUCAGCAGCCUGGACAAGAUCAAGGCCGGCCUUUUUCCGGAGAGCGUUGAAGUGACUCUGCCCAAGUUCAACAUCGAACAAGAACUCAACUACAACUCUGUUCUGCAGGAGCUUGGCAUCACCACUCUCUUCACUUCCGAGGCUGAUCUGACUGGUAUUUCGGAAACUGGUGAGCUGUCGGUCAGCGAAGUGAAACAGAAGGCCUCCAUCGAAGUCAGCGAGGACGGCACUGUGGCGGCUGCUGCAACUGAGGUCGACAUGCCGGGGGCGGUCCUCACCCACGAGUUCAAGGCCGACCAUGGAUUCCUGUACGUGCUGGAGCACGUCCCCAGCAGCUCUGUGCUCAUGUACGGCAGGUACACGAAGCCUUGAAGCAGCCGGGAGGCUCGCCACACCGACCGCUGCUCUCUCAAGUCGGAGAUCGAAAAAAUAUGGCCGUAAACUGAUGUACCUAGUUACGCUCGAAAAAUAAAUCCAGUUUUUGGCUGUGCAAAAAAAAAAA